AUGUUCUGGAGAAACUGGACUGUAGUCCUAAGGUCCUCACCAGACAGCUUCCUGUUGCCUGAGAGUCAUUACCUGAUCAGCUACAAGGAUAAAGUUUUCGAGUUGAUGGGAGGGAUGGCCAUCCUCAGCCCUCUGUUCUCACGUUGCGGACAAAGUCCAGUGACUGUAUUGCGCUCUAUUGAUUGGUUCAUGGUCACCGUACACCCCUGCAUAUUGAACAAUGACCUAUACAUACACUUGGGCCUCGGUUGCUGCAACUACGUUCAGUCACAUGUCUACCAGUUCACCUACUGUGUUACUGAAUGCAGCAUCGGGGCUACAGCCGUCCCUCAGGACACGCUGAUCUACAGCACUGACAUGCACUAUGUUUCAAAGGGUACCUCUUCUAAGUACAUGAUCCCAGUGUCCUGUGCUGCCCGUCAGCAGGCCCCAAGGCUCACUAUGUCCUGCUCCGUGAAUGCAGCCAGCGAGACAGCAACCACCAACCAGAAUGGUGAGACAUGCUAUGAGGUGUUCACCUUGUCACAGUCCAGCCAAAGGCCCAGCUGUGACUGUCUGCCAUGUGUCUUCAAUGAAGAAUGUACCCAGGCUCCACAUUACCAAGCAGAGGCUCAGGAGGACUGUGCUGUGCUGCCAUCUUUCUUUGUAGUUAUUUCUGAGGAUUGGUCUGUUCACUCAGAUGAUCUGAUGGAGUCCAUGUGA